AUUCGGCGGAGGGAUACGGAGCGAGCGUCCGUCAGGGAUGAAGGUGACGGUGGCGAUGGUGGUGAUGAUGACCACGAUGGCGGAGACGAUGGUGAUGGUGAUGACGGUGAUGAUGACGGUGGUGAUGAUGGUGGUGAUGGUGAUGCCCCGCGUUUCUCCGCUCGUCGCCACCUCCUCCUCCUCGUGUCGUCCCCGCCGCGGCAUCUUCUCUCCGCCGCCGCCGUGAGCUCCGAGUGGCGGUGGUGGUGACGACGUCAGUGGCACGAGUGGACACCACGGGCGGUGGUGGUGGUGGUUGUGGUGGUGCUGGUAGUUGAUGGGAGAGAGCGAACCAGCACAGGCACCAUCCACCCCGCGUCUCCCCCGAUUAAUGAACCCCGCACCCCCCACCCUGGCGUGGUCAUGAUUGCCGCUUUUGCUAUUGCGGUCACUGACGCGACAACAUCAUCAUCAUCACCACCAUCAUCACCAUCAUCAUCAGCAGCGGCAUUCACUCUUCUCAUCUACAGCAACACAACCGCAGCAGCAGCCGGCGACGAUAGCGGCGUUGACGGCGAGAAGGUACCACUCGUCGAAGAACCGCUGCUGCUGCUGCCCCCACACCUCCCCCACCUCCACCACCUCCUCCUACUCGGCGUGUCGCUCGUCGCCGCGAUGUGCACCUCGCUGUUCGCCAACCUCCUCCUCCUCGGCGUCUUCUACCGGCGGCCGGGCCUCCUCUUCCACAUCGCCAACCGGUUCGUCUUCAACCUCAUCGUGGCCGAUCUCCUGCAGACGACGGUGGCAAUGCCUCUCUCCCUCGCGCCGCUGCUCAGCGCGUCGCGCCCCGCAGCCUCCUACUGCCACGUGGCCGUGGCGUUGAGCCACCUGUUCGCAUUCGCCGGCGUCAACACGAUCGCGGUGGUCUCCGUCGACCGCUACCUCGCCAUCAUUCACCCGCUCUCCUACCCGACCAAGAUGACGCCGCGCCGUGCCGCCAACCUCAUCGCCUGCACCUGGGCAAUCGGAGCCUUGCAAGGCGGCCCCCCCUUGCUCGGCUGGGGGGCGGCCGGGCACGACCCGGCCACGGGUCUGUGCGCCCCCCUCUGGAGCGCGCACGCCUCGUACGCGGCCUACGUGAGCGUGGCCACAUUCUGGCUGCCCGUGUGCGUGAUGCUCUGCUGCUACGUGAUGGUGUUCCGCGCGGCACGGAGGCAGAACUUGCUGGUGCGUCCGCUGCGACGGGUGUGGAGCGGCGGCGUGGAUGCGGCAGCUGCCCGCGUCGUCUUCCUCAUCCUGGCCUCCAACGUGCUCUGCACGGCGCCCUACAGCGCGCUCGGCGCCGCGGCCACGCGCGCUCCGUGCUGGGUGCGCGCGUGCGCCGCGCUCCUGUUCUUCUCGCAGUGCUGCGUCCACCCCUACAUCUACGGCUACAUGCACCGCAGCAUUCGCCGCGAGAUUGUGCGGGCGCUCUGCGGGAUGCACGUGGCCGACGGCGGCGGGUGGCGGUGGCGGUGGCGGCGGCCUCGCCGCGGGAGGCGGCGGUGA